AUGUCUGAUACUGAAACAGAAUUAAUCUCACGUUCGUUAUGUGGAAUUGUAGAUAUAGGUACAAAUGGCAUUAGAUUCUCCAUAUCUUCUAAAUCCUCGCACCAUGCAAGGAUAAUGCCUUGUGUCUUUAAAGAUAGGCUAGGUAUCUCUUUAUAUGAAAUCCAGUUCCCUUACAAGGACUCGCUGGAGCAGAUUCCAAUCCCCAAUGAUAUCAUCUCAGAGAUUGUCAACGCAAUGAAAAGAUUUAAAUUGAUCUGUGAAGAUUUCGGUGUCUCUGAGGAAAGCGUUAGAGUCAUUGCCACUGAAGCCACACGGAUUGCCAUAAACAAAGACCAAUUUAUUACUGCAAUUUGGAAGGGCACCGGCUGGAACGUGGAAGUGUUAACCCCAGAAGAAGAGACAAGGAUCACCACAUAUAGUCUUGUGGCCUCUUUCAACGACGUCAAUGGACUUUAUUUGGAUUUGACUGGUGGAUCUGUGCAAUUAUCCUGGGUUAAAUGUAACUUAAAUGGCUCAGGCGAAAUCGAGUAUUGUCAUAAUCCAAUCACUUUGCCGUAUGGUGCAAGUGUGAUCACUAAGAGGCUACGUUUAGAAAACAAAAUUACCUUGUUCAAUGAAAUUAAAUCUAGUUUUAUAAAACAGAUAAAUGAAAAUUGGGAGAUCCCACGGGAUAUGAUGGAUAUGGCUGCAAAAAAUGGUGGAAUCGAUCUUUGGAUGCGUGGUGGUGGUUUGCGAAGUUUGGGACAUCUUUUAUUGUCUCAGAAUAAAGAUUAUCCAAUUCAAACUAUUAUCAACGGUACUUCGGUCCCAUUCCAAGAAUUAGAAUCCAUGACUGAUUAUCUGUUUUUAAAGGGUAAAUUACCAUCUCCGCCAUUGGGCAAAACUACAAAAAGGGUCUUCAAAGUAUCAGAGAAAAGAGCUUUACAACUACCUGCAGUGUCAGUGUUGAUGACAGCAUUGUUCGAUGUUCUUCCAAAGAUUAAAACAGUUUAUUUCAGUGAAGGUGGGGUUAGAGAGGGUACGCUUUAUUCCUAUCUUCCAAGGGACAUCAGAUCUCAAAACCCUGUAGUGGUAGCAUCAAGACCUUAUGCCCCAUUACUAUCCAAUAAGUAUCUAGACUUGUUGAUGACCGCUAUCCCUAAGAACAAAGUGCCAUCUAUUGUAGUGGACUUGAUCGCACCUGCGUUAUGUAAUUUAGCAUUUGUUCACGCUUCAUAUCCUAAGGAAUUACAACCUACCGCAGCAUUACAUGUCGCUACCACGGGUAUAAUAUCAGGAUGCCAUGGCAUAUCACAUUUGAUUCGUGCAUUAAUUGGGAUUGCACUUUGUAAUAGAUGGGGUGGCAACAUUCCAGAGACAGAGGAAUUGUAUAUGCAAAGUUUGGAGAAUUUGGUGUUGAAUGACUCUAAUAGAAUGCAAGCCAGGAGAAUAGUAUGGUGGACAAAGUAUAUUGGUACUAUAAUGUAUGUGAUCUGUGGUGUCCAUCCAGGUGGGAAUAUUAGAGAUAAUGUUUUCGAUUUCCAAGUCAUUGGAAAUAACUGUAGAUUAAAAUCCACCACCAAGAAAAUGAAGGAGCUAUUAAUCGAUGAGGCAUUGCUGGAUAGUUCAGCAGGUACACACAACGAAUCGUUACCAAAAGAAUUAGCAUUAAGUGAGUCUAUAGGAACAAACAAAGAACAAAAUGAUGAUUAUAUACCUCCAUUGACCCAAACAAAGACACUAUCCACCGAUGGCAAUGAACAUUAUCCAACAGAAUAUGAGGUGUUAGUGAAUAUAGGCAAAGAUGAUUUGAAGACAAGUGCGUCUGUCCGUGCCAGAAUCAUCACGUUACAGAAGAAGAUAAGAAAACUGUCGCGUGGGAACAUUGAAAGAGUCAAAGUUCAUGUGCAGGUUAAAGAGGAUUGA